AUGGAAGACAUCUUGCCUGAAUAUGAUGUGGUGGUAAUGGGUACAGGUUUGACGGAGUGUGUUCUUUCGGGCGUACUCAGUGUCAAGGGGCAGAAGGUUCUUCACAUUGACCGCAACGACCACUAUGGAGGAGAGGCUGCCUCUGUUAAUAUAGAAACACUCUUCAAAAAAUUCCGCGAUGUGAAACCGGGUGAAGAACCAUGGAAAAAAUAUGGCCGUGUCAACGACUGGAACGUCGAUUUGGUGCCCAAACUUCUCAUGUCGAACGGGGAACUGACAAAUAUCCUGGUCUCGACUGAUGUUACCAGAUACCUGGAAUUCAGGCAGAUUGCGGGAAGCUACGUGCAGCAGGGAAGCGGCCCCAAAGCCACUGUUGCCAAAGUCCCGUCUGAUGCGGGCGAGGCGCUUCGAUCUUCACUGAUGGGCCUGUUCGAAAAGCGACGGGCGAAGAAGUUCCUCGAGUGGGUUGGAGAGUUCGAUGAAAGUAACCCAAGUACCCACCAAGGGUUAAAUAUGGCAACAUGCACUAUGAAAGAAGUCUAUGACAAAUUUGGCUUGGAACCGCCCACAAAGGACUUUAUUGGACACUCAAUGGCGCUUUACCAGUCUGACGACUACAUUACAGAGCCGGGCAAGGCGAAGGAGACAAUUGACAGAAUCCGUCUUUAUGUCAACUCUAUGGCCCGUUAUGGCAAAUCUCCCUAUAUCUACCCACUCUUUGGUCUCGGUGAGCUUCCCCAGGGCUUUGCUCGGCUGUCUGCAAUCUAUGGGGGCACAUACAUGCUCAAUACCAACGUCGACGAGGUUCUCUACGAUGGCGAUACGGUGUCAGGCAUCAAGGCCACUAUGAAAGAAAGGGGCGAACCGGGAGAUGGCAUAACCUUUACAACAAAAACCAAGAAGAUCAUCGGUGACCCCACCUACUUCCCUGGAAAAGUCAAGGUCACUGGCUACCUGCUCAAGGCCAUUUGUAUCUUGACACACCCAAUCGAUAAAACGGAUUCGAACGACUCCCUGCAAUUGAUUAUUCCUCAAUCUCAGGUUGGCCGAAAGCAUGCUGCUAAGCAUGAAUAUGAUAAACCAGAUAUAUAUAUCGCGAUGGUCUCUUCCGCACACAACGUCUGCCCGAAGGGUUACUACAUCGCUAUCGUCUCCACCAUUGCCGAAAACGAAGCGAACCACCAUAUCGAGCUAGAGCCAGGUUUUGAGCGCCUCGGGGCUAUCGAAGAGAAAUUCAUGGGCCCACCGAUCCCAUUGUAUGAGCCAUUGGAGGAUGGCAGCAAGGACCACAUCUAUAUUUCGAAGAGUUACGAUGCCACCAGCCAUUUCGAAACAACAACUGAUGACGUGAAGGAUAUUUACAAACGAGCCGAGGGACACGAAUUGGUCGUUGAGGGCUUGAGGGAGGGUACGAACCUUGUCGGAGAGGAGUGA